UUUUAGAAAUUGCGAUGACUAUGAAAAUUGGGAACUACUGAAUACCAAUGUCGCUCUACCUCGUAAUUCAAGAAUUUUCUCCAAAGCAAGCAGAAUUCAAGUAUCGUUUUCAACCGUCCCUGCAGGGCUGGUAGAAUGGAAAACGCUUGUUAAGGGGCUCAUAUAGAAUAGAAUUGCACAAGGAAGGAAAUAUAUGUUGUGAAAGGGAACAAUGAUUUAAUUGCAUUUGGAAUGGAAACAAUAGCAGGUCAUUUCUUUCUCGCAGGAUUGUCGAGGAAGACGUUCAGUGAUGUGAUUGCGGUGCAAAAACAGGAUGAAGGGAAGGAUAUUUUUGAGGACAGCAAUGCAUUGGCGAUGAAUUUGAGCAAGCGCCUUUCAUUGAAACGGACAUCAAGUGUUUCGCCAUCAUCCUCCCUUGACAAAGACAAUAACCAUUCUGGAGAUUUGCGUAGUUCGCCAUCGAUCCUGAAUUUCCCUAAUAGUACUUCCUUAGAUGACAAUUCUUCUCCGAACCUAACAUAUAUCGCUAGGAAAAGUAAGAACAGUUCUUCUGACAUUGAUGAUUGCAUUACUAGUCCUAGUCCAUCCCGAAAGAGCUCUCUCUCCGAACCGCACCCUCAGAGUAAACAUUCUCUGAGUUUAUCUGGCUUUCAUAAAGAUCGUUUGCAAAAUCGCUUCAGUAUAGGCACAAUUCAUACUCUGUCCGACAUAUAUAAAUCCUACGAUGCUUAUUCAGAAGACCUUUCUUUUAAUCCUUCAAUAAACCCUCUUGAAAGAUGUUUUCCUCCCUCUUUGCUGCAGAGAUAUCCCUCUUCAAAAGACAUAGGUACAGAAAGUACAAAUUGUUAUCGUUGGGAGUUUCCCAACUACGUCCCAAUGUUUGUAUUUCCAAAUGACAUAACUAUCGAGCGAUCUCCUACUCGUCCUGCUUCAACUCAUCAUACGUUUGCCUUGACAAGUGAGGAUAAUUCCAAGGUUUAUGGAAUUUGCUUAGUUAACUGGGUAAAAAUGCCAUUGGAAAUGCAGUCUGAUUUGAAGAAUGCUUGCGAUACUUGGCGAAAUAUCUAUGCAUCCCCAGAAGAUUUAGAAGUUGCUAAUUUUUUGUUGUUUAAGCUGCAUGCCGAAAAAGAUCAUCUUUCACGACUAUGUGAGAUGGACAAAAAGGCGGAGCAGAAUCCCUUUUUUAACGCCUAUUUAUCAGAACAGAUAGCCAGACAUGAAGAAAAUAUACAUCUUUACGAAGAGAUGUUGCGUCCUAUGAAAAACUUACUUUUUGGAUUAACUGAUAUUUUUACUGAGGGUGAGCACCUUUGGUUGCCAAAGGCAUAUGGUAUUCUAACUAGAAGGCCUUACUUACAGUCUUUCUGUCGCGAUUGGCUUAGAAUUAUAUGUUCAUCUCUCCUUGUUGAUGAACUUGAUUAUAUUCCUCCUGCUGACGUCGCUUUCUUACGAAAUAUGUCUAUUGAGGCUUACAUAAAAAAUAUAUGCAACGAAAUACCUUUACCUCCAAGAGGGCUCUCUCAAACUCGUGUUGAGGUUGGACCUCUCCAACUUUGUGCCUUCCGUAGUCCUUUGAAUGAAAUUCCUGGAUGGAAUGACGUGGAUUUGUAUCCUUUGUUUCGUACUUUAGACUUUUGGAAUAUUAUUUCUCUUUUUGAAGCGGCAUUGCUAGAGUCUAAAAUAUUGUUUUUAUCUAAAAGUAUAAGCAUGCUUAGUUACGCGUCAUUCGCGCUUGUUCAUCUGCUUUAUCCUUUAGAAUGGCAAGGUUUAUUUAUUCCUGUUCUAUCGAGAAGGUUGAUUUCGUGUCUGGAAGCACCAUGCUCUUAUAUCAUUGGUAUUUCCAGUGAUGCUAUAGCUUUGGAGAGUUUACAGUCGGAUAGUAUACCUCUUGUUGUAUGUGAUUUGGACAAUAAUCUGAUCAAAACCUAUGGAAAUCCAGUUACUUUACCUACUUCCUUGCGGCAUAAAUUGUAUGCGAACUUAAGUACAGCCGCUCCCUUGCAUUCUCAUUAUGAGAUACCUUAUGGAGUUCCAAAGUAUGUAUGCGAAACAUAUCCCAAUAACACGAUGCCUUUGAGUACAACCACGAGUUUUCCCUUUCGAGAAAGGUUUCAUGUUCCCUCCUUCCUUUCUCGGCAUCCUUGGGUUAACAGAAAUUCCUAUGUGGUACCACCGGUGCUAAAUGGCUUCCUAAGGUUUCAAGAAAAUACAUCAAACAUUUCGUUUUCUAAACAAUUCGGUCUUACAAGGUCAUUAAGUAGAAUCUCUUCUCAUGGACGCUUAACAGCCGAGCAUUCACGUCACUUCUCUUCUCCGCCUUCGACCCGAGCUUAUUCGCCUACAAUGCAUGAAUCUGGUCUUUUGUAUUCAUCUGUUUCUGACAGUGUUCGCAGAAAUUCAAUGACAGUUGCUCAUACAUAUUGCGAUAAGCAACACGAAGAGCCUUUCAAAAGGAAUAAAUCAGCUGUAAAUGUCCCUUACAUAAACAACGUUGCUGAGAAAAUGAGUAAGCAUCUGCUUUACAAGGAAGGACACAAACUUCGGUACGUUUCGAUUGAUUUAUAUACCACUGGUUCUCAUGUUGUGUGUGCCGUAUCUGGUGCCCCACUAGAGCAAACUCAUUUACGAUGUGACAAUUGUGGCCUACAUAUAAAUAUCGGGAAAAUCCGGUACGUAUGUGCCCCUUGUACUCCCGUUUGUUUUAAUGGUCAAUUAGUAUCAACUGUUUUCUUGAAAUUUUUUACGAAAAUACUCGGUCCGUAUAGACAAUACUUUCAGAAAAAAGAUGAAAACCGUCAAGCUGGUCAGAGAAAGAAUGAGUCAUUUAACUUCAGGAAGUUUGCACGCCAGUCAUCUAAAAUUCAUGGAGAUUGGAUCUUUAGCUUUUGUAACACUCAAGCGUUUUCUGAAUUUGUUAGCGAUCGAUCUCAUGUCGAUCCGAAUGAUCCAAAAAUUGCCUUAUUCGACCAGUUACUUUUGUGUGAAAAGAAUAAUGGUAAACCUCGCCUAUUCGGAAAAUCCACGUCUUUCUUACAAGAUAGAAGCUUUGAAUUUCAAAAGUUCGAGAUAGCACCCACGCCGGAUAAUUCUUAUGAAAAACAGUAAUGCUGUGCACUCUUUGGCGAAUUUAUCUUUGUAUAUCUAGUCAUCAUAUAUUCUGAUUUUAAUGCUUUAGAAAUCACUAUUUAAAAACAAGUUUAUGAAAUGCGAAUGAUUUUUUACGCAUCGGAUGUUCCUUAAUUUACCUUUUUUAUUCUAUCUAUUUCUUAUGAGUACAGUAUAGUGAAUGAAUUUGAAAUACACAAGUAAUGUUACUAAA